ACUCCGCCUCUUCACAACAGCAACUUCACUUUUUGCAACAGCAGUGCAGCCAUCUUUGCACCGCGACCUUAUCGUGCUUUUAAUCCGGACAAGGGAGCGUUCAUCUUCUGUAAAACAUAGUGACAACUUACUAAGUGUCACAGUGAGCAAUUGUAAAUGUGGAGCAGGCGGUCUACGACGCAUUAUUUGACGAAAACGCUCGGAACGCAACAGCGGUGUUUACAGCCGGUAGCAAAUCCUCUGGAAUUACAGUUGAAGCUAUUAGGACCGCCUUAUACACUGCGGAACAACCAAUCACAGCAACAGACAAUUGCCCCAGCCAAGGAUGCCUAGUCUUGUAGCGCAUGCGCAAAUCACUUGGUGAGUACCUCCAGAGUAGUCACUUCUCGCUAGCUCGCGGGAGAGUAAAGAUGGCGGCUGUCCCUCGUCUGCUGGAUGAUCUUAAAUUACAUACAGAGGAAGGAACGAGCUGACAGGGGGAUGAGUAGAUGUAUCAAAGCGUAGCCCCGUCACUUUCUUCCUUGUAAAGUUAAGUGAAUGGGGUCUCUACAUAACGACGCCGCCAUGGUUAGUCGACGGACUUUACCACGGGACACAACGCUGACAAAACACUCAUUAUCAGGGUUGCUGUGACUUAUCUCCCUCACUCGUUAAGAGGAAGUGGGCGCAGACUCUGCGCGGACUUUUCGACCACCAAGUAUGAACUGUGACAGUUCAGGAAGCGCUGUUCCUCCUGCGGGGACGACAGCGACAAGUUGUAGCAGCAGCAGCAGCUGCCCCAUGACAUCUGUCACAACUGUCAGUAGCGCUGGACCCCUUUUGUCCAAGGGGCCGAACACUGCCAUCAUGGCCCCCACUGUCAACCAGACUCCUCUCCCCCUCUCGCAGGGCGUUAUCACCUCAACUCCAACGGUGACAGGAGCCACCGUGACUCUCGUUCGGCCUCCUACGCACACCGUGCAAUCGGGUCCAACUUUAAAUGGGAACAAUGACGAGAAACCCUUGGUGGUUGCCAAGACAACUAGCCAGACAGGUACUCAGUCGUUCAACUCGGUGGCGCGCAUGAUCAAGGAAGAGCCCGCCACCACACAGGCUCCACAGCAGCAGGCCGUCACUUCUGAUGCCCCUAGAGCUGCUGGUUCAGGUGGGAUACAAACAUUUCAGCAACAGAUACUGUCGCCCAGGCUCCCUCUGGCAUCCACGGGUCAACCUAGUAUACAUAACAUCCAACUGCCCCCCGGGAUGGUGCUUGUACGCAGUGAGAGUGGCCAGUUGUUGAUGAUUCCGCAGCAGGCUCUGGCCCAGAUGCAGGCACAGGCUCAAGGAUGCAUGGCGCCCCGGACUGCUACACCAACAAACAUGUCUCCAGGCCAGGCUCCUGGAAAUCCCAUCAUCAGCAGACAAACAGCUCCCACCACCAUUAUCCGGCAGGGCUGUCCUACUCCGACAACACUGCCCGCCACCACCACUCUUCAUAGACCUCUUAGCCUUCAGAGUUCAGUGGGGACGGCAGUACCCGGAAUAACCCAGAGGAUUCAAAAAGCUGGGAACACAGUUACAUCAGUUACAAUGAGUAAAGAGACAAUGGAGAAUGUGAACAAAUGUAGGAACUUCUUGUCUACACUGAUCAAGCUGACUUGCACUGGCAAGCGGUCAACUGAGGCUGCAGCCAGUGUGAAACAGCUGGUUAAAGACCUGCUGGAGAAUAAACUGGAAGCUGAGGAAUUCACCAGCAGACUAUAUAAAGAGCUUAACUCCUCACCACAACCUUACCUCGUGCCUUUCCUUGAGAAAAAUCUUCCUGCCUUGAGGCAACUUACCCCCGACUCAGCUGCCUUCAUCCAGCAGAGUCAGCUUCCCCAGCCAGCAUCUGGUCCUGUCUUGUCCACCUCACCAAGCCCCACCACAGUGGUCCUGAGCAGCCAUGCUCCUCGGCUCACGGCUCAAGUCAACAGACCACAGCUUCAGACAAAUGUUAGCAAGUCCAGACAGACUCCGUCACUUGUUCUCCAGCCUCAGCAUCAGAGAGCAAUGCUGAGAUCUCAGGUCCCCUUAGCAGUGUCCUCCACGGUGAAUCUCAGGAAUCAGGUCCCUGGUCGCAUCGUGCUGGGACAGCCACAGGUCCAGCUUAAAGAGCUGCAGCAAUUUCCUGUGACAUCAGAGGGGUCACCUGUUUGUAGGCAAAGCUCGGCUGCAGUCCUGGCUCUAGCUCAAAAGAACAGGCUAAAAGAAGCAGGCAGUACUUUCAAAGAUGACGAUGACAUCAAUGAUGUAGCCUCCAUGGCUGGAGUAAAUCUAUCUGAGGAAAGUGCCAACAUCCUAGCAACCAAUUCAGGACUUGUGGGAGUAGUGACACAUUCCUGUAAGGAUGAGGCUUUUAUUUCCUGUGCCCUGUUGCAGAGGAGAAUGCUGGAGAUUGGUCGCGGGUUUGGAGUGACAGAUUUCAGUGCAGAGGUGAUCAAUUUUGUCUCACACGCUACUCAGCAGCGACUGCGUGAUCUGGUGGAAAGGGUUUCACUUGUGGCCCAGCAGAAAAACUGCAAUUUCAAGGAGGAGGACAAGCAUGAACAGAGCAGCGAUGUUCGUGCUCAGCUAAAGUUCUUUGAGCAGCUGGACCAGUUAGAGAAACAGCGGAAAGAAGAGCAGGAGAGAGAGAUCCUUUUAAAGGCAGCUAAGUCUCGAGCUCGUCAAGAAGACCCAGAACAGCUACGUUUGAAACAGAAAGCAAAAGAGAUGCAGCAACAGGAGCUGGCUCAGAUGAGACAGAGGGAGGCCAAUCUGACUGCUUUGGCUGCCAUUGGCCCCAGAAAGAAGAGGAAGAUUCCCGACUCGCCUUCCGCCUCUGCUGUAGCGGAGGGAUCAUGCCCAUCACUGUCAAGAGCUGCUGGUUCAUCAGGCUCCAGACUCACACGGCAACGCAUCACGCGUGUCAAUCUCAGGGACUUGCUCUUCUGUUUGGAGAACGAGAGAUUUACCAGUAACUCCCAUUUCCUAUACAAGGGCUUUCUCAAAUAGGUAGGAGGGCAGGGGGACUCUGGUGUGUGGCGAGAGGGCAGAUGAGGCUCCUAUUUGGUUUCACUUUGUUGUCAGAUCACUAUAUACCUUGAAUCACCUCUCUACCUCCCCCCUAAAGACUCAGCUAAAGCUAAAGCCUUUUUGCAAAUGUAAGUAUGCACUGUAACUCACUAGUUAAUGUUCUUACUGUCGGUAUGUGCGUUAGGGUUUGAAGCACUGGAAAUCACCUUUGUUUUGACAGACCCCCUGCUAUUUUCUAUGGAAUGAUGAUCUUUUACAUACGGUAACUGAAUUAAUUAGUAAUGCGCUCAUGAUCCAAAUGUUAAGACCUGUUGGACAAAUUGCAGGAAUUUACAUUUUGCAUUGUUGCAUCUUAAGGAGGUUCUAAGUAGCGCUUCAAAAUGCAAAAGAGGAAAUGGGAGUGUGGUCAAAAAUUGCACUGUACUGCAAACAAGCAUUAAAGUCAAAUAGGCUGUUCAUCAGCUGAUCAAAAGUUGAAGACUAUAGCGCAAAAGAACUCAAAACUCCACUAAAAUAGAAAUACAAAUUUCAAAGAAGGAAUCAUUCAUGAAUAGCUGCGCCAUUCUUCUUACCUCACAAAUUGGUCUGUACAUGUCUGAUGCCAAUGUUUCCAGGAGGCUAGUGAGAAUAUUGUUCAGAUGGUGAGAUGGCUUCAUGCAGGGCAUCCACAUCCAUCCCCAGGAUGCUCCAAAAGAGUGAGCUUAUUCCUCAGGAAGAAGUCCUCUUGUGAAGUGCAGCCAUGUCCUGUUGAAAAAAAGCCACACAGAUGAGACCUUCAGUUGUGAGGGAUGCCCCCUGCAACAUCUCCACACAGUGGGUAGCCAUUUGAUGCCCCUGCACAACCUGAAGCUCCAUUGUUCAUUGAAGGCUCAUGAUGGCACCCCCUCCACUGUGCCGGAUAGAAAACAUCUCAGGUGGGAUCUCUUUGUCAUGCCAGUAACAUUGGAAGCCAUCAGGACCGUCAAGGUUACAUUUUUUUUCUCAUUAGAGAAUAAAACUUUCGUCCAGCUUUCAAUGUCUCAUGUUUGGUGCUCCCGUCCAAAUUCCAAACAAGUGUUGAAGGAGACGAGGCCUUUGAAGACAUUUUUUGUUCUUAAGAGCCUUCUGUCACAGCUAGUGUCUACUAGUGAUUGGACUGCACUCAGCACCAGUAACAACCUUCUUUUCAGCCGAGGAUCGUCUCGUGUCUUGACAGACAGCCAGUCGGAGGCUCGGCCUCAGGGCCAGUGACAUAUUUUUGGGUCUACCACUUGACUUUUUUGUUCUAUAGCCCUCAGGAUCCUUGCAGAGAUUGCAGAGAAAAUGAGUGUUUUACAGCAUCCAACCUCAAUAGCAACAGCGCGUUGCGAGAGGCUUUUCUUAUGCAGCUCAGCCAUCCGACUGCCUUCAGAGAGAAAACCUUUGCCUUGGCCACCAAGAGAUCAUGACAGUGUGAACACUUGACAGAAAAUAUGAAAUCCACACUUAUUUUGGCUUUGUGCUCUUAAACGUGAUCAGGUAAUGAACAGCGUAUUUCACUUGAAUAACAUCUUGUUUCACUCCCAUUUCUUGUUUUUGCAUUCUGAAGCCCUAUUUAGAGCCUCCUUAAGGUCCAACAGUGCAAAAUGUACAUUCUUGCCAUUUUUCAACUGCUCUUUUGGACCAGGCGUGUACAUUGAAACUGUGACCUACUGAGUUGCCUUUGCAACUAUCAGCCAUAUCCUUCUGCUGAAGCAGUACCUUGCGCCCCCAAAACUUCCACCAUAUUUAUUUACAGAAUUUGUGCAAGAAUAAAUGUGUAGCUAUUUAUUUAAUUUCAUAUAUGUAUCAAAUCAAAAUGUGCAUUUGACUGCGGUCAAUGUAACUGGUGAUUAUUUUUUAACUCUUUUGGGUGUGUAGAUUUCACUGUGUGAAGAGUGCUUUUUAUCAUUUGACUUCAUUUUUUGUCUCUGAAAUUAACUAACAAUGCCACCAAGUUUCCCCAGAGCAUUUACCCGAAGCUGAUUGAUUUUAUUUUAUUUUUUUAGCAGAGCACCGCUUGCUAUUUUACUUCUGUCAAAGGUGACUGACCGAGAUCUUGCAGUCAUUUUUCCACCUGUGUGUAUCAAGUGUGUGCCUGGUCACCCCUUUGUCUUUUACACUCUAUGACUCAAAAACCUGUCAUGUAUAUUUGUAAAUGUUACAUAUUAACUUUUACAUAUUUGAAUAGCUGUAAGAAUUUACCCAUAUACAAAAAUAACCUUUAUCUACUGAACAUUUUGAAUAAAUUAACAUUUGCAGUAACUUUCUCGUCCAGUUUGCCAAAGCUAAUAUUUGUCAUUUUCUACUAGAGGGCAGCACUGUAGGGAAAACAUGACAGCUACGAUGGCUCCCAUCCAUCCAUCCAUCUUCUAAGCCGCCUGUCCUCACUAGGGUCGCGGGGGUAUGCUGGAGCCAGGGGCGGAUCUAGCUUUAUCGAAAAGGGGGGGUGUGGCCGAGGCGCUGGAAAUGGAGCGGGUGGCCUAGGGGUCCUCCCCCAGAAAAUUUUUUAAAAUUAGACCUCAUUUCCUGCAAUCUGGUGAUAUCUGAGGCCAAUUUUAUGUCCUUAAUUUCAAGAGUUUGUUGUUAUUUUUAUCCUUGGAAUAUAUCGUUUAAGCCAAAACAUUCUAUUUAUAAAAUUACCGGUAUUGGGAAAAACCCAUUUUAGCUCAAUUUCCUGAAAUAUUUUCCAAUUUGAAGCAGCUGUAAAUUCCAAGGAUUUCAGUAUAAUUUUAUGUCACUGGGGAUCUCUUUUCUGGUUAAUUUUCAUUGAGAAUAGACAACAGUUUUCCUUAUAGUCAUGAUGCCAGAACCUUUAUUUUGCACCUCCACCUGAAUAGCCAUGUACAGCACAUUCAAUGUCCAAUGUAAAUUAUCAGCCUGACAGCAGCUUCAGGAAUAGCAUGCGUCUCGGUUGCAUUCUGGCUGACCACCUACCACUACACAGUGCAGCAUGUACUAAGCCAUACACAUGUACAGCCAGCCUAGAACAAUGUAGCAUCCUCCUGACCCAAAAAGCAGACCACAAAAUAUUCCCUGCGGCUCCCCUCCCCUGCUCCCCCAGCCGGCCUAGCUCUGGGGUCAGUUGACUGACUGUGGCCUGGGGUGAUCUGUCUUGGUACUAGUAGCAGUACUAAUAAAUCAACGUGUACCGGUUUAGACAUACAUGUACCUUCACUGGGACUGGGUGACUGCAAUCCAGGAUGGUUUAUCAUUUUAUUAGCUUUUAUUGUGGCAAAGAAAAUCGUGGGUGCCUCAAAACGGGCCCCACACCCCCCUCUAAAUCCGCGCCUGAUAAGAACAGAAAACGCUGCACAAAACGUAGGCAGGAAAAGUACAAACUAAAGUCGCUGCUGAACAAUCAAGCAGGUAAAGGCAAUACACUUACCACUGCAGGGGACAACACUGCAGGCAAAAAUGAGAAAUAGUAACACUGUGACCAGAAAGAACACGAGGGACUAGAUGGGGGGGGGGGGGUGUCAGCCUGGGAGCCUAUCCCAGCUGACUUCAGGCGAGAGGCGGAGUACACCCUGGACUCUGUUGCAGCUUUACAGAUCUUAAAUGCAGGAGAAACGUGUAGAGAUGACUGGUUGUUGGAGGUUCCUUUUUCACGUUUUAGACUUCAGAGAGCUGGUCUUGUUGUGCACAUUUGUUGGGUUCCAAACAUUGGAAUAGUGGGGAAUGGAAAAGCUGAUCACCCAGCCGGCAGAUGACGAGCUAAUUAGAAUUCCAGUUGGAAGAGGGGAAGCAAAAGCAUUAAUCACCACAGCAGAAAUGAUGGCACUCGGGAAGGAAAGGCAGAGACUUGCACAACAUCCAACAGUCAACCAAGGGGUAGGGAGGAGGUGGUGUUCUCACAGCUUACGUUUAAGAGCAACUCUAUUUGCAGGUAAAGCAGCGACAGACAGAUGGGCUUUGUGUGGGCUAACGGAGAAUGUGCAGCAUGUAUUGAUGGAGUGCAGCAAAUGCAUACCACAGAGGAAUGUGUUGAGGGACAAACACAGGUUCUAGUCAGCAAACAUGGACAAACAUUGCAAAGCAGCAGCAGUCUUUGGCGUUGAGGAGCUGUGCUAUUUGUCCCUUUCUGCAGUCGAGCGCGUGCGCUACGACAAGAAAGCCGCUUGUUUGAUGAUGAUGAUGAUGAUGAUGAUGGUGGACUCUUCACAGCAAAUUGAGGAGUGUUAAUUUUUUGGUGUUGAUGAGAAUCUUGAAGUUGGAGUGUCAAUCUUGCACUAUUUGGAGUUGAUCUAACACUGCAUUUUCUUAAAAAUGUUAAAUUUAACACUGGAUCAUGAAAGUGUUGUAGUUAAAAUGGAGUGUUGAAAAUGUUUAAAUCUUGUUCGUGUCACAAUAAAGACAUUCAACACUUCCACACCCCAUUUAACACCUAACAGUGUUCACGUGUCUUACACUCCGCCCACGGACAUUUCAUUUAGACUCCACCCCUCACUUCACGUUGCUGAUGGAAGAAGUUGACAAUUAGGAAUCUUUUUGCAUCAGUGGGUAAGUAAACGUUUAAAUAGAUGAACUAAUGAAUUGUGUUGUACCUGGAUGCUAACAUAUAAAAAACGUUAGUUUUUGGUGUGAUAUUUAAGACUAAUAAACUGAGGCAGCUGUUUAUUAGCCUUUGCUAAUGUUAGCUGGUGUUUUUGCUAAGUUAUAUUUUCUAUUUAGUGUUGCUGUGAGCUGAAUCGGUACUGCCUGUGCAACAUUUGGCAAAGUAAGUGAGCGCUACGUUAUAUCUUCAUUUUUAAUGAGCUAAUGGCUAGCUAAUUGGCAUGAGGAGCCCCCACACGUAGGCCUGCUGGCCCCCAGCAAAGGACAAGAUAUCAAGGUUGGCAACUGUAAUUGUUACUUUAACUUAAAAAUAAUUGUCAGGCAUGUGUUGGAAGUGAACUACACAAUUUUUUUAGAAUGAUGCAUCUUUAUUUUUCUUCUUGAUUCACAGCAAACUUUCCUUGAGUUACAUGAAUGUGAGGUGGAUGGAGAUGUCUUUGAUGAGCUUGUCAAGUCAGGUGUUUUGACUUUCAAGGUCCUUUUAUCAGUGACAGGUAAGGAUGUGAAAACAUGUGAAAAUGCAUGAGGUGGUUUAGAUAUCACAGGCAGUGUGGACCCAUCAGGUACCUUGGUUUUGUCCAAAUGAGAUAUUGUCGUGAGCUUUGAGCCCUCAAAAUAUAUUUUUGGUGUCACUUUACAAUAAGGUACACAAAAUACAGUAGUUACUGAUGAACUAAUGAGGAACUAAUUACUAUGGCACAUAAAUUUACAGUAGUAGAGGAUCUAAUGAAGAACUAAAAAGGAACCAAUGAGCAGAGGAGUUACUGAGGAACUAAAACACAUACAUUUAGAGUAGUUACUAAGAAACUAAUGAGUAGUGGUUAGGGUCAGGUAGGUUUGUUCCUCAUCCUGCACGACUGUAAUUGUGUGUACCUUAUUGUAAAGGGAGACUGUAUUUUCAUUUGAUAUUCAAUUUUUAGCCCCUUUUCCAUAGAUUGAAAAUCCCCAAAAUAGUUUUUUUUUUUUUUUGUAGAACAGUUAAACCUGUUUAUAGCGGCCACUGAAGGGAAAUGGCAGAGGUGGCCGUUAUAUACAGGUGGCAGCUAAGACAGGUUUGACUGUAAUUGGUGUUGUGUACUGUUUUGUAGAGUGAGAUUCAUUUGACGAGAUGAAGCAGACUCCACUAUCCCCAGCUUCACCCCAGUUAUCGCCAGUUGGUGGCGAGUCUCCACUCUUGCCUGCCACAUCCCAUUCAUCAGGUUCGACAAUUUAUCCUUCAGCCCACGAGAAAGAGGAACCCAACAGAACCAAUGGAUCAGGAUGAAGCCAGACAGAAAGUCGGUGGUGUUUUGAGGGCCAAUCCGAAAGGUGAAGAAAUCUUCAAGGAGUGCAACAAGACUAAAACACUAACUGAUGCAAAGUGUAAACGGAUGGUGAACAUCCUGGUUGCAGAUAUGAUGGAGCUGCAUGGGUCACUUCCCCCUUUCCAUUAGAACAGUCAUUCCAUGUAAGACCAUGUAGUGAGGGAAUGGUUCUAUCUGUGAUCAUUAACGAUGACGUGUUUUGAAAGGAGGGUUCCGCCGUCAUGUGUGACGACAAAUUACACCCUGAGAAUUGUGACUUGUUUUCCAUACCUCAAAGAUGCAUUCUCCAAACCUGCAUAUGUACAGUAAGUGUGUUUUCAAUGUCCACCCAGUCACUGUUGGGUCCUACACUUCUCCUGGCUCUCAAAGUUGUUCCAAGACUGUUUCUUUAGGAUGGUCCAAAAACCAGAGGAGAAUAUCUGUUAACUGGUCAACAGCUGUUUGCUGAGGAGUGCAGGGAGGCACUAUCUACAAUAAGACAUUCAACCGAUGAAUCCGUGAUCAAAGAAGAUGAGAGCAACUUUCCAGUAUCGGCAGAAUAUGAUCCAAGCAGAAGAUGUAUCAUCGUCUGUCCUCAAUGUUUUCCCUCGCUUCUUUGAUGUUCCUGGAUUGAUUGACCAGGAUUUCUCAAUGAUGUUUGCUGACGAAGUAUCUCAGAGGUUCCUGGCAAAGUGGUCAAAUGUCAAUGUCGUAAUAAGGAAGGAGCCAGUGUGACCCCCUUCCAAGACUGACACAAGACAACCAUUUCUCCUCUGCAUCAGCGAGCAAAGGUGACAUCCAGAGGUUCUACAUGAUUGACCAAAAGCCGGUUCCAUGCAAGGCAGCUUAUUGCAGCUUUUGAUGAACUGUUCAAAGCUCACUGUGUCUUCAGUCUCCCGUAUGGUUAAAAAUGGAUAAGAGCAAACAUUUGGGUCUGAAUGCUGCCCAGUCAUGGUGUCUUCUAUGUAACACUCCACUUAUAUUUGGUGAUGGCAUUGAAAGGAAGAAUGAUCACUGGAACUUCCUCCUCCUUUUGAUGCAGAUUGUCAACAUACCUGUGGUGUUCUCCUACACCAUAACUGAUGGAAUGAUGCUUUACUUGAAACAUCUGAUAAGUGACCACCACACUCGGUACAAAGCAUUGCUGCCUGGUAAGAAGUUGAUUCCCAAGCACCGCUUGAUGAUACACUAUCCAAGACGCAUAUACAAUAAAUUGGCCCUCUUAUCCUACGUGGUGCAUACGUUUUGAAGCCAAACACAAUUCUUUCAAAAGGUGUGGUUAAAAAUUAUAAAAAUCUCAGUCGUUUGUCGUGGCAUUUCACUAUGAAAAUUAUUAUUUUAGAAGAUUUGCAUUUGGCCCUACAACAUCAAAAACAAUCUGCAACUUGAAAGGUGGGGAGGAACGUGGUAUAAAAUGUAUGAAGCCGUCAACUAGUCAUAUUUUUUAUCCAUCCAUCCAUUUUCUAUACCGCUUCUCCUCAUUAGGGUCGCGGGGGCAUGCUGGAGCCUAUCCCAGCUGACUUAGGGCGACAGGCGGGGUACACCCUGGACUGGUGUCCAGCCAAUGGCAGGGCACAUAUAGACAACCAAUCACAUUGAAAGUGUUGAGAUUAACUCCUACAGUGUCAAUUUAGGCCUGCUGAAUUUUCUGUGUACAUGCCGCUGGUUAUGGCAGGUUAGCAUAUAGCUAAUGCUGCUUGCUAACCCUGUAUUAUGGCCAAACUAACGAACAGAGCAACAGCGUCUGCAAAAGCGCUGCUUUAUAAAACAUGCUCCAAAGCUGAAGAACCAAGCCAGUUUUCUGAGUGAAAAGUGUGGACUGAGAAUGUGUGGUGGAACCGUGCAUGUUUUACUGCCGUGCUUUGCUAAGCUCAUGACCAUAGGUGAGGAUGGGAACAUAGAAUGAUCAGAAAAUUAAGAGCUUUGCCUUCCGUCUCAGCUCUCUCUUCACCAUGACGGUCCGGUACAGCGACCGCAUUACAGCAGAGGCUGCGCCGAUCCGCCUAUCGACCUCACGCUCCAACCUUCCCUCACUUGUGAACAAGACCCCGAGAUACUUAAACUCCUCCACCUGGGGCAGGACCUCAUUCCCAACCCACCCUUUUCCCACUGAGAACCAUAGCCUGGGAUUUGGAGGUGCUGAGUCUCAUCCCACAAGCUCACACUCAGAUGCAAACCUCCCCAGGAAAAACGGAAGGUCACAGCCCGAUGAGGCCAUCAGGACCACAUCGUCGAGACCAGACCCUAAGGCCCGCAAACUGGACUCCCUCCUUGCCUAUUGUUGGGCUUAUCCCUCUCUUCACCCGCGUGUCCAGAACAUGCGGACGCAGGUCUGAUGAUACGACUACAAAGUCAUGGUUCAUGGUUCAUGGUUUUAAUUCAUCUUGAACAUGCAUACAAGUCAAACAGUUGCACAUCACACAAUACAGUUCACAGUUUUGCAUGUCCAAAAAGGAGUAGGAAGAAGCUAAGCUUAUUUAAUCCUAUCCCUCAUCAGUUUCACCUCAGUUGCAAUACAUUUAUUCACCUCUUGUUCUUCCAGGUAUGCUUUGUAAGACUACAUGACAAUGUAGUGCAAUCAUAGCCAAGGUUUUUACUUACUAAAAGGAAGCUAGAGGCUUAAUAAUAACUGAUAGAAUGAUUGAAGAAGUGUUUGAUUGAUAAUGAGUGAGUACAGACCAUGUAAUCUCCACAAUGAAGAGUUAGUAGUCAGGAUAGUAGUGGUUAGAUGUUGUAUGUACACAGUGGUUCAGGUCUCUUCUUUGUAUUUUGUGAACAUCAACUGCUUGUACUUUUUAUUAAAAUCGCUCAUUGUUGUGCAUUGUUUGAGUUCCUUACUCAAUCCAUUCCACAACUUGAUUGCACAUCCAGAAAUGCUGAAAGUUUUCAGUGUUGUCCGUGCAUUGAAGUGUUUUAGGUUAAAUUUUCCUCUCAGAUCAUAUUUUCCUCUCUUGUUGAUAAGAAUUGUUUUACAUUUUUUGGUAGAAGAUUAUUGUUUGCUUUAUGCAUAAUUUUAGCCGUCUGAAGGUUUACUAGAUCCGCAAAUUUUAAUAAUUGUGAUUUUAUAAAUAAAGAGUUUGUGUGUUCUCUGUAAGCAGCAUUAUGGAUGAUCCUGAGUGACCUUUUUUGUAGCACAGUUAGUGGCUGAAGUGCACUUUUGUAGUUAUUACCCCAUAACUCGGCACAAUAAGUUAGAUAUGGUGAUAUCAGUGAACAGUAGCGCGUAUGUAGUGAUUUUUGGUCAAGGACAAAUUUAGCUUUAUUCAGUAUUGAGGUGUUUCUUGCCACUUUGUUUUAAAUUUUUAAUGUGAGAUUUCCAGUUCAUCUUCUCAUCUAUUAUAACCCCGAGAAAUUUAUUUUCGUUCUCCCUGUCAAUGUCUACACCAUCAUUUUGUAUUUGCUGGUACGUUUCCUUUUUACACUUACCAAAUAGCAUUACUUUAGUUUUACUGAGGUUCAGUGAUAGUCUGUGAUUUGUUGUACUAUCUCUGGUGUGCUGUCUCCAGAACAUAAUGCGAUUGUAUCGUCUGCAAAUAAUACUAGCUUUAGGUCUCUUGGGACUUUACAGAUGUCCUUUAUAUAUCGAUUGAAUAGUUUAGGUCCUAGGAUUGACCCCUGGGGAACGCCGCAUGAUAUAUGGCGUAUGUUCUCCUAGCUUCACAUAUUGCCUCCUGUCAGCUAAGUAGCUUUUAACCCAGUUCAAGACUAACCCUCUGAUUCCAUACCUUUCUAGUUUAGUGAUUAGAAUAUCAUGAUUAAUUGUGUCAAAGGCUUUUGUUAAAUCCAUAAAUACUUUCUGUGAUCUACAGCAUUGGUGAUUUCCUCUGUAAUUUCUAUCAGUGCCAUGGAAGUUGAAAUGUUACUUCUGUAUCCGUACUGACUGUCAGUGAGUAACUCAUUUCAUAGUUUUUCAAUGAUUUUGGAAAAUUGUGGCAGUAAGGACACUGGUCGGUAAUUUAUGAAUUGAUGUUUGUUUCCAUUUUUAAAGAUUGGAACUACUUUAGCUAUUUUCAUUUUGUUUGGGAAUUGACCUGUCUGGAAUGAUAGGUUGCUAAGGUACGUUAGCGGUUGUGCAAUCGCAUUUAUAACCCUUUUUAUCGUUUCCAUUUCUAUUCCCUUGCAAUCGGUUGAUGUUUUCGCUUUGAAUUUGUUGACAAUAUCAAUGAUUUCCUUUUGUGUGACGUUAGUGAGGAACAUGGAAUUGGGAUUCUUGUCUAUGAUCUCAUUUCUUUCCUCUACUGGGGGUCAUUUGGGAUCUUUGUUUCCAAAUCCGGUCCAAUAUUUACGAAGUAAUUGUUGAACUUUUCAACUACCUGAUUCAUAUUAUCAUAUUUAUCAUUUCCAUCUAUAAAAUAAAGAGGGUAGUCUUUCUUUGCACUGUUCCGUAUAUACUGUUUAGAAUGCCCCAUGUUGCUCUAGUGUUGUUUUUAUUCUUGUUUAAUAAUUGACUAGAAUAUUCUUUCCUACACACUCUCAGGAUGUUUGUUAACUUAUUUUUGUAUGUUUUAUUUUUUUUUUUCUGCUUCUUUAGUUUUUUGAAUGAUAAAUCUCCUAUAUCGUGUAUUUUUCUUCUUUCAGGCAUUUAGUAGUCCCUUGGUCAUCCAUGGCUGAUUUCUCUUUCUUUGCUUAUUAAAGACUUCUCUCAGUGGACAAUGUCUGCUAUAGCACUUCAUGUAAACAUUAAGAAAGUUUUUAUACGCCUCGUUCACAUCAUUCUCACUAUAUACACACUCCCAUCUUGGUUUUUCCAAAUCUUUCCUAAAGGAGCUAAUACUUUCCUCUGUAUGUGAUCUUUUGAAUGUCCUGAUAUCGUCCUUCUUUCUCUUUUUAUAGUUUUCAUUGUAAAUCGUAAACACCGGAAGAUGAUCAGUAAUAUCAUUAAUUAACAGUCCACUCGUGUUGUUGUCGAUAUCAUUGGUAAAUAUGUUAUCAAUUAAUGCUGUGAUCUGUAAUUCUGCUUGGCCUGGUGAUUUUUGGAUAAAGA